AUGAUAUUCCUUCGCCAUCACCUUCAUGAAGGCCUUAAGACUGAGUACUUGACUGUUAAAGACCCACAAGUCCUUUGGAGUAAUCUAAAGGAAAGGUAUGACCACCAGAAAACUGUGAUAUUACCAAAGGCUCGUUAUGACUGGUUACAUUUAAGAUUACAAGACUUUAAGUCUGUGAGUGAAUACAACUCAGCCAUGUUUAGAAUUACAUCACAAUUGAAAUUAUGUGGAGAGAAAAUCACGGAUGCAGAAAUGUUAGAAAAAACAUAUUCUACUUUUCAUGCAAACAAUGUUGUCCUGCAGACACAAUACCGUGAAAAGGGUUUUACAAAAUAUUCUGAUUUGAUAUCUUGUCUCCUUGUGGCUGAGCAAAAUAAUGAACUAUUAAUGAAAAAUCAUGAAUCACGCCCAACUGGCUCUACUCCAUUCCCUGAAGCGAAUGCGACAUCCCAUAGUGGGAAAGGGCAAAAGGCUAGAGAUCAUGCCAGCAGUCGUGGUCGAGGCCGUGGUCGAGGUUGUGGUCGCGGCCGCGAACGUGGACAUGAUCGUGGUCGAGGUGGUCAUUUUAAGAACUCAUACUCUCACCAGAAGUGGGACAAUAAAAAUGGAAAUAAGAAUGAGAAGGAUAAAUAUGAAAAUAUAUGCUACCGUUGUGGAGGAAAAGGCCAUUGGUCUCGUGUGUGUCGUACACCAAAACAUCUAGUAGACCUUUAUCAACAAUCAAUCAAACAGAAAGGAAAGAAAGUGGAAACAAAUUUGGUGUACGAGGAUGGCGAAGGUGAUUUUGAUUACGGUGAUACAACUCACCUGGAAGCGGCUGAUUUCUUUCCUAAUCCUGAAGAAAAUAAUUGA